AUGGCAGCUCAACCGCAGCAUCGUUCAAGUCCUGUGGACUCACCAGAGGCCCCAGGCCCAGUGCGUCAACGCUCUCGACAAGCCUGUCUUCCCUGUCGCCGACGCAAGAGGAAAUGUGAUGGCAAAUUACCCUGCAAUGUCUGUCAAGGGUAUGGUUAUGAUUGUGCAUAUGAUAGUACAUCUCCAUCGACAUCAACGAAGCGCUCUAGAUCGGAAAACCUAGCACCAUUACAAUUACCUAAGAAAACCACGCGAUUGACGCAUUCAUUAGGAGCAGGGCCGUCAAAAGGAAGCACUGACUCAUCUAUUUUGCCGGGGGUCAUAGAACCAUCAAAGCCUCGAUAUGUGGGGAGGUAUUCAUGCAUUGCAUUUCCAUUGUAUGUAGGAUUGGAAGUUCAGGCGACAAACCUUCCGCGUCUGCAUUCCUUCGCGUAUCACACUGGUGUGCGUAGGGAACCGCCAUGUGCGGUUUCCCACAAGAUCGUGGAGAAAGUCCCCUGGAAUAUAGCAAGGAGCUUGAUUGAAGUCUUUACAGCUGUCAUCCACCCUGUAUUUGGAUUUCUAGACAUGGAUCGCAUCUGCGUACUCUGCGAAAAGCAUUGGCACGGGCAACCCCAGGACAUGGCAUUCGAGGCUUUAAUCUGUGGGAUUCUAGGGCUAGCAUCCCUGUUCAAUGACUCGUUGGACCAAGGAACCGAAACAUGGGUUGUCUUGCAUGCAAAAGAGAUUCUGGAAGAUGAUGUGAUUAGUCGAUUUCCUACACUUGAAACAAUUGCGGCAUGGAUACUUCGGACAAUUUACGUCCGCAGUACUGGACGGCCCCAUGUGGCUUGGCUUUGCAGCUGUACCCUCAUGCAUCUCGUUGAAGCAGCUGGUCUGCAUCAUGCACCAGAGUUCAUAAUGCAGGCAAUGGGUAAUACCAAUCCAAACCCAGAGACCUCGGAAAUUAUCAAUCGCACUGCACAAGUCGCCAAUUGCGUUCACGUACUUAUUGCAUUCGAAUAUGGAAGGUCCAUUAUGACAUUUAAUCGACAAAUUCUUGGGCAUAACAGCACCAUACCUCGAGGGCCAGGUUUCACCUCUCAACUAUGCAGCCUUCUCGCUACUAUACCCACAAACCAGGUCACGGAGGACGUGGAUAUUCUAAUACAGGAGCUAUUAUCGGCUCUAGAAAAACUUGCAAAUACAAAUGUGGAUCACGAUUUUCUGAUUUUGUUGCGUGCGGAUCUUACUUUGAGUAUCUAUCGGCGUCUUCGCGUCAUGGAUCCAAGUCUCCAGCAAGGCCAAAAUGAUCGAGUAAUUGCAGCUGGAACUGCAGCUCUACCAGCCGCACGAAGACUUGCCAGUCAAAACCAGCCCUGGUGGAACAUUGUUGGUAGUGUCUUUCAAUUCGCUUGUUCUUUACUCGUCAUGGACACACCUGCAAGCUGCGAGAAGCUCUCAGAGACAAUGGAUACCCUGGAGAUGAUUGUGGAUCGAUUCCAGACACACUUGGCGAAGGAAGCACUUUCGACGGUCCGACAACUUGUGCGAGCAUCCUUAGAAAAGAAGCGAAAGGGCGUUGAAGCGCUUGAACGAGUCGUUGGCGCAUCUGCUCCAGAUACUGACACCCCGGCGAGGGAGUCACAAAUUAUGCAGGAUAUUGCGUCGCUCAGUCCCUCGCUGGCAGCUCAGCUUCCGAUAGACUUGGAAUAUUUAUGGGCCAUGAAUUUUGAAAUGCCUCUCUAA